GUCUGCUGUCUUCACCGCUCUCGUUCUCAAGUCAGUCGACCGGCCACAUCAGACCUGGAGGGCCACGGGUCACCGGCGGCUGGUCGCCCGGGGACGUGGCAGCACGCGAUCUCGAUCCUGUUUGCGUGCUGCAGUACCGGCACCUCGGUCAUCUCCUCCCGUUGCCGCUGAGAUGGAGUGGCGAAAUCACGGCAUACGGCUGCGGCACUGCAGCGCCCAACCCCAAGUCUGAAUUUCCCAAGGCCAAGCCCGAGUAGGCCACACCCACGUGGGCACCCUUGGCCACGAACUCUGACCGCUCCCCUGCUCUGCUUGUCUGCCACUGCCGUCCCACCAGCCCGUGGAUGCCACCAUGCCCCGCGGCAGUGCCGCCUCUGUGUUCCUUGGUGUCGAUGUUGGUACUGGCAGCGCUCGUGCAGGUCUCUUUGAUGAAAAGGGCAAGUUGCUGGGGUCGGCUAGCAGCCCUAUACAGAUAUGGAAAGAGAAAGACUGUAUUGAGCAAUCAUCAACUGAUAUCUGGCAUGCAGUCUGUGCUGCGGUGAAAUCCGCAUGCUCACUGGCAAAUGUUGCUCCUGAGGAUGUUGCCGGCCUUGGCUUUGCUGCCACUUGCUCCCUUGUUGCUGUCGAUGCUGAUGGUUCCCCUGUUUCGGUUUCUUUGAGUGGUGAUACAAGGAGGAAUAUCAUUGUGUGGAUGGACCAUAGAGCUGUGAAUCAGGCAGAGAGAAUCAAUGCUACCAAUUCGCCAGUACUGCAAUACUGCGGUGGGGGUGUUUCCCCAGAAAUGCAGGCUCCAAAGCUCUUAUGGAUGAAGGAAAAUCUUCAAGAGUCGUGGUCUAUGGUUUGUAGGUGGAUGGACCUAAGUGACUGGUUAGCAUAUAGAGCAACAGGUGACGACACUCGCAGCUUAUGCACAACUGUCUGCAAAUGGACAUAUCUUGGACAUGCACACAUGGAGCAGUGGAAGGAAUCUGAUUCACGUGAUAUGGAGGCUUGCGGAUGGGACAAUGUUUUUUGGGAAGAAAUAGGGUUGGGAGACCUCGUGGAAGGAAAUUGUGCAAAAAUAGGACGCAGUGUCGCUUUUCCUGGUCAUCCUCUUGGUUCUGGUUUGACACCUACUGCUGCAAAGGAGUUAGGCUUACUUCCUGGUACUCCUGUUGGAACUUCACUUAUUGAUGCUCAUGCUGGUGGAGUUGGAGUCAUGGAAAGCGUUUCAGAUGCAGGAUCUAAAGCUGGUUUGUCCGAUGAAGAUGCAAUAUGUCACCGGAUGGUAUUGGUAUGUGGGACAUCAACAUGCCACAUGGCUGUUUCAAAGAACAGAUUGUUUAUACCUGGUGUCUGGGGGCCGUUCUGGUCUGCAAUGGUACCUGAGUUUUGGCUCACAGAAGGUGGCCAAAGUGCAACUGGCGCUCUACUCGAUUACAUUAUUGAAAACCAUGUUGCCUCUCCUCUUCUUUCUAACCAUGCUGCUUCUCAAAGUAUAUCCAUAUUUGAGCUACUGAACAAGAUGUUGCUUUCUAUGUCACAUGAGCAGAAUAGUCCGUUUCUUUCUGCAUUAACUCAAGACACCCAUGUACUUCCGGAUUUUCAUGGAAAUCGGUCUCCUGUUGCUGAUCCAAAAUCCAAAGGAGUGAUUUAUGGCUUGACACUUGAUACAAGUGAGAAGCAUUUAGCUCUUCUGUACCUAGCAACAGUUCAGGGUAUUGCUUAUGGCACUCGUCAUAUUGUGGAGCAUUGUAAUGCUCAUGGCCACAAGAUAGACACACUUCUUGCUUGUGGGGGACUUGCAAAGAAUUCUGUGUAUAUCCAAGAGCAUGCAGAUAUUACCGGAUGUCCUAUAAUACUUCCUAGAGAGAAUGAGUCUGUGCUUUUGGGUGCUGCUGUUCUGGGUGCUGUUGCUGGCAAGAAGUUUCUGGGUGUUCGUGAUGCAAUGAAGGCGCUUAAUGCAGCAGGGAAGGUCGUAAAUCCAUCUUCAGAUCCUAGGGUGAAGAAAUACCAUGAUGCAAAAUAUCAGAUAUUCAGGUCCCUGUAUGAGCAGCAACUCUCUCAUCGCUCGACCAUGGCACAAGCAUUGCAAUAGGGCUGUAUGGUCACUUUGGCUCUUCACUCUUGGUUAUUAAUACCCUUGUUUUCAUGGCAAUGUUUUAUUGGCUUAUUUACAUGUAAUCAAUGUCGCCUUGAGUGAUAGAAGCCAUGAUAAGAUGCAUGUAUAAAUAUAAGAAAACUGGUAAGAUGAUCUUUUCACUGGAAUGUGAAAUCUCCAAGUUCGUGCAAUGUUAAUAAAAGAAAAGGAGCUUGAUAAGCGCUCAGCAUGUACAUUUGGAGGUUCUGGAAUCAAUAAAAAUGUAUCUCAUGGUUAUAAUGCAUAUGGAAAAGUUGUCUUGUCA